AUGGGCCACCCUCCUCCUUGGACGGCAUCACCUCUGUUUUUUCUUCUCCUCUUCUGGCAUGCACCCCCUUCACUAGUCUCCUCCUGUCUUCAUGCUGGCCACGCCCUGCACGUCCAUCCCGCCCACAAUCCCUCGCUGCCUCCUCUCUCCCUUCCCAGCGACCGGCCAGGCGCCGCCGGUGACGGCCAAACAGGUGCGUCUCUUGUGCACAACGCGAGAGCGGCCCUACCGCUUUGUGCCUCUCGUGUCUUUGCCGGCGGGGCCCUGCAGCCCAGCACGGCGGUGCCUCCUCGCACCCAGCCGCUUCAUCGAUGCGCUCGCCGUUACGCGCCUUCAGGCAGGCUGUUGCUGAAGCCCAGGCUGGGGCUAAAGGCCCUGCCCAUCCAUGAGGUUGCUGAGGGACGUGCCGAGCAAGAGGACAGGGCACGGCCUCCGGAUCCUUCUGUCUCAGGGAGGACAUUGACGUGUGUGACUCUACGGACAAAGGAGACAUGCAAUGACGCAGACUGUGGAGGGUUAGCAUGCCGAACUGGAAACGCGACAAUCGCUGGGCGCGGGGCCCGCGCGAGCGAUGGAAGGCAACCCCCGACGAAGCAAGAAGGUGUUUUCCCGGUUGCUACGUCGUUUCGUUUCUCCUCUCGCUCACUUCGAUCCUCGACGCCACUCUCCCGUUAUUUUUUGUCUUCUUCGCCGUCAGAAAAUAAGUUUGAAUUUCACCAUUUCUUGUCCUAUACUGUUACUGCUGAACUGCCUACCUCUGCCUUCACGUUUGUGGAUGCACCACAGAGUCUCACAUCUUGCGCUGACGUCUGGAGUCACCCGUGCCGCGCCUUUGUCUUUUUUCCUCUACAACGGAGUAGAACGUCAGUCGGCUUCUCGCCGAGUAGCCAUUCGAUCCGCCCUUCACCUCGCCGUUGGUUUUCGUCGGUGAAUUUGUGCGCCCUGCGGGCUUCGUUUGGUUCCAUCGCCUCCUCAUGUUCGUCCCCUGUAGGUCCUGACCAUAGCUCAUUGACGGCGGUAGCGAUCACUCGUGCAGUGAGGUGUUUCCCUUCCCACUCGGCUCCUUUUCCCCCCUCUUCGUCUUGUGACCUGCUGUCUGCAUCAUCGCCCUCACAUGCGUCUCUGCCUGCGUGUUCUGCGUCUGCCUCGUCGUCGUCCCCGCCAUCUCGAGCAAGGCCCACAGUGUGUCUUUACGUUCCACGCACGCACUCACCGCGUCCGCCUCGGUCUGUGGGUUCCGCGGCUUCACCGUCUUCAGGUGGCCCUCGUGUGAGCCAAUCCGAAGGGACUCCUUCCGGCCCCGUUGAUUCACCUUUGUCCCCGACGUCACGUGGGUCCUGUUCGUACUCCACCCCGUCUGUUUCCUGCCCAGGCGGCCUGUUACUGAGUCUCCCUUCGGUGUCUCCCGUCUCCCUGUCGACUUCGCUCCGGCACUUCCUCGUCUCGUAUACUUCUCCUUUCCCGGCCAGAUCUCUUCCGCUCAUUUUCGUUGAUGCGGGCCUGUCGCUCGCUUCGGACGCCUCCCUGCACGCUGCGAGGCCUGUGGGUCUCUCCCAAGAGCACAGAGAGACGUGUGCGUCGGCGCUCGGCUCCCUCAUAGACACAGCAGUGGCUAGCAACGCUGUGGCCCAGACGAGCUGUGAGUGCCGACCGCGAGGGCUGCCUAUUGUAUACUCACCUCGCCUGGUUCCUCCCUCGUUCCCGCGCAACCAUUGUCUCCAGCCUCAAAAACUAGGUCGGCUUUUUUCUUUCUUAACUCACCCAAGCGGGGCGUCGAAUCUGCGAACACCCGAAAGCGGAGUUACUAAAACCUGGGAGGCGAGAGAAGCCGAAAUCGCGAAAGCGACCAGUGGCGUCGAAGGCAGCCACGAGUUCAGAUGGGACUAUGUUACGGUUCACUCCGACCUACGACCCAAACGCCUUAACAGUGAUCACCCAGUAACGAAGGCAGGCAUCGGCGUUGGGGAAAAUAGGGGAAGGGAGAAGAAUGGAGAAGACGGACGCCCAUCUGAAGCCGGAUGUGAGAAGUCCACCUCACCCUCCCACGCCUUAUCCCCAUCUGCCUCUGUUCCUCAUGGCCCAGUAGAUGCAACCAGACAAAACGGCUGUGGGCGAGACGAUCCCCCAAGGUGCACACACCCCGCAGGUGUUCAAGUGACUGCAGGGAACGAGCUCAACAGAAACCCAUUGUUGGCGGGCUCGCACGACCAGCACAUGGACAGCACACGAGCGACUUUGGGCACCUCCGUUUCUUCCUGCUUCUCCCUCUUUUCGCCAAUUCAUGACGCCGACGUCACGCGCGCUUGGCUCCAAGUUGUACACGCACCCGAAUACGUCUGCGCAGCUUCGGCAGCGGUCCUGAGCGAAGAGGAGGAACGCAAAAUCGGAUUCCCAGUCACUAAGGGCUACGCAGACAAAUCGCUUGCAGAGGUCUCCUCGACUGUUCUGGGCACGUGGCUCGCCUUCCACUUCGGCCUCGCGUGUGUGGUUGGCGGGGGAACACAUCAUGCAAAGACGGAUAGCGGAGGCAAAUUUUGUGUCUUCAACGAUGUCGCUGUAGCUGCAGCGCUCGCACUGAAACAAGGGAUCGCGGAGCGCAUCCUCAUUCUGGACCUCGAUGUCCAUCAAGGCGAUGGAACCGCCGAGAUCUUCUCAAACGAGCCGCGGGUGAAAACGGUGUCCAUUCACUGCGAAGAUAACUUCCCCUUCCCCAAAGCACAGUCGGACGUCGACAUUGGACUCCCAGCGGGAACGGGUGACGAAGUCUACCUGCGUCAGUUAAACGAGGUAGGCUGA